CCUGUACAGAAGUACCGUAUCUUUCCGGUUGAUUUGUGAAGAGUUAAGGUGGAAGCGGCUCUCUGACGGAGGGGAGCGGCGCGAAAUGUGCUUGUGAAAAGGCACAUGGGGUUUGAAAUAUCUCUGAAUUCUGGCCGGGAAAACGAAGAGGACAAGAAGGAUCAAACAAAAAGAGUGGAGUAACAGGAGGUGUAUGUUGCCUCGCUCUGUAGUUUCCCUGCCACUACCAUGAGUUGGAGUUUCCUGACUCGUCUGCUGGAAGAAAUCCACAACCAUUCUACAUUUGUGGGCAAGAUCUGGCUCACUGUCCUGAUUGUUUUCCGUAUCGUGCUGACGGCCGUAGGAGGGGAGUCCAUCUACUACGAUGAGCAGAGCAAGUUUGUCUGCAACUCGGGCCAGCCGGGUUGUGAGAAUGUGUGCUAUGACGCCUUUGCUCCACUCUCACACGUCCGCUUCUGGGUUUUCCAAAUCAUUCUGGUGGCCACACCUUCACUCAUGUACCUGGGCUACGCUGUCAACAAAAUUGCUCGGGCGGACGAGCAGGCAGACAGCGGGGGAGUGAGUGGAUUUUCGCGGAGGAAACCCAAGAAGCCCUAUCUUGCAGGCAGAAAGCAGAAUAGGGGCAUUGAAGAGGCCGAGGAUGACCAAGAGGAAGACCCGAUGAUCUAUGAAAUGGCAGAGGUGGAGAGUGAUGGGAAUGGAGCAGCGAAAGGAAACAGUGGUGCAAAGGUCAAGGUUCGCCAUGAUGGGCGCCAGCGUAUCAAAGAGGAUGGACUGAUGCGUAUUUAUGUGCUUCAGCUCCUGACCCGCUCCGUGCUGGAGGUGGUUUUCUUGUGUGGACAGUAUGCCCUGUAUGGAUUUGCUGUUCCUUCCACCUAUGUGUGCUCAGACCUGCCCUGCCCUCACAGAGUGGACUGCUUUGUAUCACGGCCCACUGAGAAAACUAUCUUCCUCCUCAUCAUGUACACAGUCUCCCUGCUCUGUCUGGCACUCAAUUUAUGGGAGAUGCUUCAUCUGGGCAUCGGUACCAUCUGUGAUAUCGUACGCUCCCACCGGGUGCAGCUCCCUGACGAUGAGCUGUACGGGCUGACGGGACGGGCACAAGGAGCUCUUAAUGAGGCAGGAAUGAGCGGAGAGGAUUACAGCAGCUACCCUUUUUCUUGGAACGCACCAUCAGCUCCACCUGGGUACAACAUCGCCAUCAAGCCUAUUCUGGUAUCUACAGGGCACCACAACCAGCCAUUACCCAUCACAGAUCUCACUAACGCUAAGAUGGCAUGCCGGCAAAACCACGUGAACAUUGCCCAAGAGGAGCGUCAGCAAAACACCAAUAAUGAUGAAAACCUGUGCAGAGCAGGGAUGGGAGAUGCUUCCAGAGGUGUUCUUAAGGACAUCCGUCCACCUCAGAACAAGCUGGAGGCCUACAGCCAGCCACAGAGCCACAGUAAUAACCACAGCAAGCCUCACCGUGAACGUAAACACCGGCAGGCCUCCAAAAACACUGCAAGCAAGGCAGACGCGGACGGAGGUAGCAGCACCAGUAGUGGCAGCAAAUAUGGAGUCAUAAAGGGUUCUGAGUGGAUCUGACUUUCACACUGCGACUUGUGUUUUUGUUAUGUCUAAACAAUGUAAAUCCUUUUUCAGGAACAUGUUGGUGCUGUCUUUGAUCCCCUGUGAAUAUGCAGAGGUUGCCAUGCUGUAACCUAAGGUGCCUUACUU